UAGAAAUGUAAUGUGUGAAAUGAAGGUGGGAAACGAACAAUGAAGCCUAAAAAUUGGGAACCAAUCAUUACUGUUCCCAAUUUUUUGGUGACCAUCGGGUCUCCGUUUUUUCACAUUCCCUCUCACUUUUCUUCUUCAAUCGUCAUUUCUCAUAAAAACCUAUGCAAUUCUCUUGUGUUUUGAUUUAAAAUGUAAUUACAUAAUGCCAAAAAACAACACGGCAUGUGAUUUAAACUCUGAUCCGAAGAUGAACAGAGCUGAAUCCAAGAACAACAAAUUUGAUUGGAAGCAUAGCCAUUCUGAUCUAAAAAAUUACCCUGAUUCAAAAACUAAUGCUGAGCCUCCUUCUCAGGGAGACGGUGGUGGUGAUGGCAUGCCACCUUCUUCUACGCCACCACAUUCUCAUAAUGGCAACAAGGUUUACAAGAGUGGUCCCUUAUUUUUGUCAUCAAAAGGGAUUGGGUGGACAUCUUGGAAGAAAAGGUGGUUUAUUUUAACAGAAACCUCAUUGGUCUUCUUCAGAAGUGAUCCUAAUGCAGCAGCAUCUCAAAAGGGGGGUGAGGCAAAUCUGACUCUUGGUGGCAUAGAUCUCAACAGUUCAGGCAGUGUUGUUGUUAAAGCAGAUAAGAAACUGUUAACAGUGUUAUUUCCUGAUGGACGUGACGGAAGAGCUUUUACUCUCAAGGCUGAAACUUCAGAGGAUUUAUAUGAGUGGAAGGAUGCACUAGAGGCAGCCUUGUCAGAUGCACCAAGUGUAGGAAACAAUGUAUCAAAAACUGACAAGCCUGAUACUGCCGAUGCUUCUUCACAGGAUCAGCCAAAAGAGCAAACACCAGCAAAGUCAAGUGUUCUCGGUAGGCCAAUCUUACUUGCAUUGGAAGAUAUAGAUGGAACUCCAUCUUUCUUAGAGAAAGCCCUUUGUUAUGUUGAAGACUUCGGAGUGAAUGUAGAAGGAAUCUUGAGGCAGGCUGCUGAUGUUGAUGAUGUUGAGCGGCGCAUUCGAGAAUAUGAGCAGGGAAAGGUAGAUUUUACUGAAGAUGAGGAUGGACAUGUUAUAGGAGACUGUAUCAAGUAUGUUCUUCGCGAGUUACCAUCACCGCCAGUCCCAGCGUCUUGUUGUGCUGCUUUGCUAGAAGCAUAUAGAUCUGGGGCCACACGAGUUAGUGCCAUGCGUGCAGCUAUUUGUGACACAUUUCCAGAACCAAAUCGCCGUUUAUUACAGAGGAUCCUGAUAAUGAUGGAAGCUGUUGCUGAGAACAAAGGUGUGAACAGAAUGAGUGUUUCAGCGGUUGCAGCAUGCAUGUCACCAUUACUUCUGCGACCCCUUUUGGCCGGGGAGGUUGAACUUGGAAACGGAUCAGAUAUCGGGGGUGAUGCUGUUCAACUUCUACAAGCGGCUGCAGCAGCUAAUCAUGCUCAAGCAAUUGUUAUCACCCUUGUAGAGGAAUAUGACAAAAUAUUUGGGGAAGAAGAUAUGUUAAGCGAUCUAUACUCCGACUCGGAUGAUUAUGGAAGCGAGAGUGGAAGUGAUGAGUACUACGAAGAGGAUGAAUAUUCUGAUGAUGAUGAACUUGAAAAUUUGACAGAGGAUUCAUGCUCUUAUGAAGAAGAAUCAGAUCAUGGAUCAAGUUCUAGUUAUAGUGAAAGUGGGGAUGAUGAUGUCCACAGCAAGGGUUCUGUUAGCUCCAAUUCCUAUUCCAUUGAUGAUCCAAAAGCUAGUAGGAUUCGGAGACGAACAAGCGUCAAAAAGGGAUCACCUUUGGAAAGCAUUGCAUUUGUAACCGAUCAACAGGCUGAAAUUGUGAGGCUUGAGGCUAAUAAAGCAAAACUAAAAGAGAGAAUAGACUCAGAGGCUAGACGAAACGCAAUAUUAAAAGAGGAUUUAGUGAGCAAGAAGAAAGCUUUAGAGAUGCGUCGCGUAGCUCUUUCGGAAGAGGUGUCAAGAUUAGAGGAGGAGUUGCAGAAGGCUCCAUUAUCAGCUUCAGCCGAUGAAAAGACAAAUGCAGAUCCAGAAAAUAUAGACCAAUCAGAGACCAAUGAUCCUGGAUUACAGCAUAACCAACUGUCUGAACAAACCUCCAAUGAUCCUGGAUUACAACAGAAAGACAAGGAUCUUGAAUCUACAACUACUUCACAUAGGAAUAAGGAUUCACACUCGAACAAGGAACAAGGUGAAAGACAUCAUUUUCAUUCACAUCCUAGUAAACAUCAUGAACGCGGUAUGAGCAAGUCAAGCUCAAGAAGGCCCCGCGGGGAGGCAGCUAAUACAACUUCAGCGCUGUCGAAAAUAACAAACAGACUAAACUUUUUGAAAGAAAGACGGAACCAAAUAGCUGAUGACCUGCAGGACAAUGACAAAGAUCAUAAAAGUCAAGCACAAUAGAUCAGGCAAACAAUGGUCGGAAACUUUUCCGGAUGAAGAAAGAUGAGAAGAUAAGUUGCUAAUCAUGGUCGAGGAAGAACCAUCACAAGAUGAUUGAGUUUUUUUUUUUUUUUUUUUUUUUUUUUUUCUUAAUGUAAUUUACUAUUAGUUUUUUGAUAAUUAAGAUGAAUGUAAGAAAGUUUCUUAAAUGACUGCUGCUUCCAAGUAAGUGUUUAAAGAUCAAAUCAGUUAAGUUGAGUUGAACUGAAUUGAAGUUAAGUGAGUGAUUGUGGACGACGACGCGGAUGAUUAAAGCCAAUUUGGAAGGCUA